AUGACCGCGGCGCAGCAGCAGCAGAAACAACAGCAAAGUAGCAGCAAAACAAACACCACAUAUCACAUAGUUCAGGUGCUAGCAGCACCUCAGCAUGCAGCAGCAGCAACAGAAAUAGCAGCAGCAGCAGCAAAAGCACAACCGGCAGCACCACCAGCUGCAGCAGCAGCAGCACCACCACCACCAGCGCCAGCAGCAGCAGCACCAGCUGCAGCAGCAUCAGCAUCAGCAGCAGCAGCACCAGCUGCAGCAGCAUCAGCAGCAGCUGCAGCAGCAUCAGCAUCAGCAGCAGCACCUGCAUUUUUAGGAUAG